UUACGUCACUCGACGUCCAACAAUAGACUUUGGGAGGCACUUGUUCAAAAUGGCGACCAGCUGGUUAAUCGUCUCCACGGUUGGGGCCCUCCUGGCUAUCGUGGAAGCCGGACCCAAAGCCGCCUACAACUACCUGCCGCCUCAAUGCACGCCCCAAACCGAAUACAUUACCCAGUACCAGACGCAAAUCGAACAAGUCCCAGUCUACGAAACAGUCUACAGUGACCGGUACAUCCCCACAACAGUCUACCAGCCAGUCUACAGCACAGUCUCCAACACCCAGUACCAGACGCAAUUCGUGCCCCAGUACGUAACCCAGACUGAGUACCAGACUCAAGUCCAGCGCGUGACGGACUACAAGACUAACGUGCAGACCGUGCAGAACACCCAGUACGUCACGAAGACUGACGUCGUGCCCACGUACGUCACCAAGACUGAGUACACGACGGUCUUCCAGCCUCAGGUGCAGCUUCAGACUGUUUUUAAGACCCGGACCAGUACGAAAUACAUCACGCAGACUGAGGUGAUUCAUAACACGGAGUACCAGCCGCAGUUGGUACCGCAUUACGCCACUGUGACGCAGACGGUACAGUCUUACAAGACUGUCUGUCCUAAGGAAGGGUACAGUCGUUAAGUGGUCUACUUCGAAUUUGGGAAGGGCAUUUAAAAAAAACUGGAAGACGAAACUGGAGCUGGAAGACGAAAUUGUAUGUGGCUGGAAAUUGCAAAUUGAUAAAUUUAACUUAAAAAUUGAUAGAUCUACUUAAUUUCCUACUUAGUUAUUGAUGAUAAAUGGUCUACUUCGAAUUUGGGAAGGACAUUUAAAUAAAAAAAACUGGAAGGCGAAAAUGGAGCUGGAAGACGAAAUUGUAUGUGGCUGGAAAUUGCAAAUUGAAAAUUUAACUAAAGUUUACAGAUUCUACUAAAUUUCCUACUUAAUUAUUGAUAAAUUCGACUUAAUUUCCUUCUAAAUUAUUGAUAAAUUCUAUUUAAUUUCCUACUUAAUUAUUGAGUGAUAUCCAUCUCCUUCUCACCGAAACUGGCUUUAUUCUGUCCCUAAUUCAUUCGAGCUCAAUAGGAAUGAAAGAAUAUAUAUAUAUUUUCAUGGGCAUUAUUAAGCUGCAAGAGGGUAUGCCCCCACUUGUAGCAUCAAUUCAGUUUAAUUUCCUUUAUAAUUAUUGAGUGGUUUCUAACUCUUCAACGAAAACUGGCUUUAUUCUAUCCCAAAAUUCAUUCCAGCUCGAUAAUUGUAUUUUCUUGAGCAUUAUCAAAAUUUUGCAAGAAGGUAUGCCCCGACUUGUAGCAUCUAUUCAACUUAAAUUUCUAUGUGAUUGUUGACUGGUUUCUAUCUCCUCAGCGACAACUGGCUUUAUUCUGUCCCAAAAUUCAUUCCAGCUCGAUAAUUUAAUUUUCUUGGGCAAUAUUAGAUUACAAGAAGGUAUAUCUACUUAUGACAUCUUUUCUACUUAAAUUCCUAUGUAAUUAUUGACUGAUUUUCAUCUCCUCAACGAAAACUGGCUUUAUUCUGCCCCAGAAUUCACUCCUACUCACCAGAAGUGAAAAUUUGUGACGUUACUCACUUCCAUUCUUCAGUUUCACCUUCCAGAAGGGGAAUUAAAUGAGAAUGUGAAAUGUAUCAAUGAAACUAAAGAUUAUUGCAUUAGUAAACAUAAAGAUUAAUGUAAUAUAUAGGUAUAUAUCGCACCAGGGUCUGGGAAUGAAUACUCUGAAUAAAGAAACUGUAAUAAUGUUUACUAUCCAGCUGUAUAAAGGAGCUUAAAACAAUAAA